UGCGUGGCUGCGUGCUCCCGACCCGGCCGGCCGAGCGGCCCGAGGAGUCCAUGGUGCAGAACUUAGCGGCGGACUGACGGAGACCGGGCCUCCUGCGCUGGCGCGGCCGCCGGAGCGACGCCUGGACCUCGGCCUUAGGAAACUCCUUCACAAGGAGAGAUGAAGAAGAAAUCUUUAUAUAAUCAGAAUGGGGGUGAUCAGGAGUGUGAAGAUAUGGAAGGUGAAGAAAGCAGAAACAAUGCUGGUACCUCUCGCUUACUGUGCAGUGAAGCGGACAGAUGUCCAAUAUGUCUUAGUUGCCUGCUAGGGAAGGCAGUUGGUUUUCCAGAAAGUUGUAAUCAUGUCUUCUGUAUGGCCUGUAUUCUUAAGUGGGCAGAGAUAUUGGCUUCUUGUCCAAUCGAUCGGAAACCAUUUCAGGCAGUGUUUGAACUCAGUGCAUUUGAAGGCUGUGCUAAGAUUCAAGUAAAAAGACGGUUGAGAGAAAUAGACGACAAGGAAAAGGAAACGUCUUUUAAGAAACAACUCUUUUAUCAUGAGAGUUCUAAAAGCGACAAGAGACAAAGAAACACCAUAAGAGAAGAUCUAUUAUGUGAAAGAUCUGAUGACUUGAAGGUGUUGUAUAGAAACAUUUCAAACAAAAUGGGUGGAAAGAAAAAUGCUACAGUAAAGACAAAUAAGGUUCAAAGAUCAAAUCAGUGUACAGAUUCUUGUAUCAGAAGUGACAUGUCCAGUGUGUUUUCCUGUGGCAGCCACAGCUGGGGACCUUACUCCUAUAGAACUUCCUGUACAGAAUCUAUAGAAGUCAAUGAAAUCAGUGCGUUGAUUAGACAAAAACGACAGGAAUUGGAGUUGUCUUGGUUUCCUAAUGCAUUACCUGGAAAUGGAAGAGUUGGCUCUGUACCCUGGAGUGUGGAGACAGCAGUUAUUUCUCUGCUUUCCUCUGUGUUGCCAAGGACGAUUUUUCCAGCAAGUACCAUAUCACUAGAAAAUUUUGGUACUUCUCAUAAGGGAUAUGCGUUAGCACAUACCCAAGGAGGAGGGGAAAAGAAGCAAACUUCAGGUACAUCAAACACCAGAGGAUCAAGACGAAAGCCUGCAGCGACUGCUCCUACAAGGAGGUCCACACGAAACACCCGAGCUGAGACAGUCAGUCAGUCCCAGAAGUCCCCAGUGUCAAACUACUCUGAGUGUGAUGGCCCAGGGAAUAGUAAUUCCUCUGUAAGUAUUUCCCCUCUGGCUGAAUCAGAAAAACAAACGAGACAGGCUCCAAAACGGAAGUCUGUAAGGAGAGGAAGGAAACCACCUUUACUGAAAAAGAAACUUCGGAAAUCUGUACCUCCUGCGGAAAAAACUUGUAGCGAUUCAGUAGAGGAAGAAACUGUGGACUCUGACACGCCCCCCGUGUUGGAGAAAGAACAGCAGUCCUGUGCAGAAAGUAGUAGCAUCUGCUCGGCACAGACAGACGGACAGAAUCAUGUUCAGCUGGAGAGCUGCAGUGAACAGACAGAAGGACAUGAGCAGACCAAGAACCAGGAGAUC